UUCCACCCCCUCCCUGUAUUUUUCUCCCCUUAUUUCCCCCCUCCUCCAUUCAGUUCUCUUCAUUUUCACUUUCCAUUCCCUGCAAGCUCAAAUAACAAAGGGCAGCCAUUCCCCCACGCCCCACUCCACGUCAUUCAAGACAAGGAAGGACUUUGCUUUUGGGCAGAGCUUCCUUCCUGCACUGCCUUUUCCGCCCCAAUUCGUCGAUCCCAUUGCAGGAGGUGCAGGGAUGGCCUCAGUGAGCGUGGAGAUCCAACUCACCAACCGCACAGGGGAUAUCACCCUGCGUAACCCCAGGUCCUACUGCUAUAGUGGCAACUGCUCCGUUCCGCCCAACCCCAUCAUCCUACCAGGACACACGGGAUGCUGCACCUUCAAGAACUCCCCAGGCCAGGGCAGCGCUGGUGUCCUGGUCUAUGAAGCAGAAACCUUCACCUUGGCCAUCCUCUUCUCCAACAAUUACAACUACGGCUUUUACAACACGGAGUUUGCUGUGGAGAUCUCCCCAGAGAAAGCCCACCGUGGAAGCCUGGAAAUGAUCUAUGAUAGGAUGUAUAGACGUUUAUCUGCCAAUUCCAGCAACAAUGGCAUGUUCCAGUUUGUCAGGCCCAGUGCAACACAGCAGACCAUAAUCGUAUCUGCUGGUGGCACAGAGGUCAUGGCCACCAUGUCCAAGGAUGAAAAGUCCAUCAUUAAAGUAGUUGUAGUGAACCAGUAAAUCCUUCCCCCACAUUCAGAGGCAAAAUAACCCCUUGUCUUUAUGUCCUUUGUCCCAAGGAGAGGGAGAGGACUGGAGAAAAAGGAAGGAAGGAAUGGCCCCACAUCCAGUAGAUGCUGAGCAAAGAGGGCUGCCCUCAAAAGACAAUGGCAGCAAAACAUAGCAAUAAAACGCAACUCAGAUAACCAUAA